CCAAGUUAGGAAUCGAACGAAACUACCAGAGUGCCCACCGUACGCUUUCAGCAUGUCAUCUCAGGACAAAUUCCCUGAUUCGGAACUUUCUCUACUGUUGGAGUGUAGCAUCUGCUUGGGCGUUCUGCGCGAUUGCCGGAUGUGCCCAGAUUGUUCCCAUUCCUUCUGCCGGGAGUGCGUGGAGCGUUGGCUGCUCCAACAAAGCACCUGUCCCUACUGCCGAUGCUCCAUGCAAACCAACCGGCUGGUCAAGGUCUAUCUGAUCAAUCAACUUGUCGAGACGGUUCAGCGGCAGCUUGCGGAAGAAAUCCGGAACCGAUGUCCGGCACACGAGAAACAUCAGCUUUUGUUGGCAUGCUUGCGGUGCAAACAAUCCGUCUGCGUAGACUGUUGGUUUUCGGACGGUCACGUGGAACACAAGGAUCAGGUCGUUCCGUUGGGAAUCGCGUAUGAGCAUUUUUAUCGACAGACGAUGCAAAAUUCGAAGGAUGCUUCCGGAGACAGUGGACCGAAUGAAGCUGCCUCUUUGCGGGACAAAAUGGCAGUAUUAUUCGAUGGAAAACGGGAUGCUGCAUCGUUGGGCGACAUUCUGGAAAUUAUGGAAAAGCUUCGAAUUGACGAUAAGAACUGAGAUUUUCUGUUUUACACUUUUG